AGACUAAGAAGUCCUCUUCUAAGGUGGUAGGUGACCAAGUUGUAAGCUCCGGAUCGUGAGAUACAGAACGUAAUCGAUAAGUUCGUUGAUUCAAAAUGGUAAAACGUUCUUUUCGAAGGAUCUGCAUCAUGCGGUAUUUCACACAUACGAAGUGAUGUCAAACCUUUCUUCGGCAGUUUUUCGCAACCCAGUCCCCAUUCCCCCGAUGUAGUACUGAUGGCAGUUAUUUCCAUCGAGGCGCGAUAUUCUAAUCUUCAGUUUUUGCAGCUUUUGCAGGAGCUGUUCCAUUAUAAUGACUUUCGUGUAACAGUUACCUAUUCUUGUGAAGGCUCUUGUUGUCUUGAUUCUCGAUUCGAUGAAUAAUUUCCUUUUUCAGAAUGACAUAGAUUCACAUUGAGAGGACGGAGAGGACAACUUCAUUCUGGAGGUAGUACAGCUCUAGAUCUACCCUGUUUCUGGUAUGAUAAGUUUUCUGCUAGAAAUCAUCAAGACCUAGUGAGUAGUACGCUUUUCUCUAUGCUAAAAGAAAAAGUAAAUAAAAGAUGACGGCUCCCGACUUGAGGUCCGCGUUUGCGCAGGCACGCGAUCGGUGGCAAAUUGAUUCGCAGACGCUAAAGGGUUUCUACCUGCAUACCGGGACUAACAAGUUGUACGUGUGGGAGCAGGCACAAGGCGUGCUCUUCGAGUUUGUUGGAGACAAUUGUCUACCUAUCUGGACAAGCGCGGAUCCCGGAAACAAUGCGGAGGUAUUGUUCUAUGACUCGAUGAGAUAUGAAAAGCUAAAGUUACUUAUGUUGAGAAUUUUUACCUUGUGGUUGUUGUACUUCAACUUUUUCGCUAAAUUCUUGUGAAUGUAAAAGGAUAGAAUUACCAGCAGAUCAUGUAAUUCUGAGCGAGUAGCUGUACUAGGAAAGAGAUUCCUGAUAAAUAGAUGAUCGUGGUACUACUACUAGUUUCGUUCUCGUCCGGGUAACUUACUACAACAUGGUCGAUAAUUGAUUAUACUUUUAGAUAAAUAGCGUCGGCUACUGGGUAUCAGUAAGGUGAAAAAUGAGAACAAUGAUAUUAAUCGUCAGUAAAAGUAAGAAUGCUUUAAUGGCUCUGUAGUUAAGUGAAGCUGAUUGCUUGUCGGAUGUCGUGUUUCUGCUAAUCCUGUAGAUCUGGACGGUCCUUCCCCUGCCGCCUACCGACGCUGCAGCGCAGAUGCAGAACAAGCAGGAGGAUGUGUUGUCCAUGGUCGUGGAAGUGCCGCAAAACAGUUUCCCAGGCCAGCAGAUGACUGUCCUUUCGCCAGAUGGACAGGAAGUGCUCUUUGUAGUCCCGGAAGGCUCCGUGCCCGGUCAAUGCGUGACGAUUUCCUACACACGUGCGCGGGACUUUCUGUACCUCAGAAUGCUGCACGAGGAGGACAAACACAGUGAUGUAGAAGCGGUGAACACGAAAGUGAAGGACUUCGCGCGAAGAUGGGGAUUGGACGAAGCCGAAUGCAAGCCCUUGUUGGACCGCGUGCGGAGGAACCUGUCUCUGGAAGGACAAGAGUACCUGACAAGCACCUUUACGCCACUAGCAGGUACAAAGCCAGGCAAAGCAGCAGAAGAAGCGGUACUAGUAGUAGUUGUACUUUUGAUGCAGCCUGGCUGCUUGAAGAUGACUUAAUAUUACUCACCUCCUGCUUGAGUACUUGUUGUUUUACAACUCAGAUCAUAGUACAAAUUCAACAUAUUUUUUACAGUAAAUUGGACUUUAAUAGCCCCACUUCUUGCUGAACGAAAAAGCUUGACCAGGAGGAUGCCAUUGUAUACCUGAGGAUGAAAUGAAUUUUAUAUACCGUCUAGUCCUUUCAACAUUUACAUACAUUAAUUUAACCCGUCUUGAACUUGAUCUUUUUGAUGUCCUCCAGGUGUUGCGGUAUGUGCAGCAUCUUGAGCGUGCGAAGAGUUGGGAAACCGUGAGCAAGAUCAAAAACCGGGAGGUUGUGGAGUUGAAAAUUGACCCCGUUGGCGCAGUUUUGGGCACAGUAUUAGAGCAAUUAGCCGGAAAGCCGGGUGUUGCGCACGCGCACUGUCAGAUCAGUGCUGAGAAGGCGCAAACCGCAGAGAAUGGAGGUGCAGCCAGCAAACAAGGCGCUGCAGGCGACGAAGACGAGGUCCGCUACUAUGUCCGAGACCUCGAGACGACAACUGGCACGUUCCUCGAUGGUGAACGAGUGCCAGCGGCUGAGCCGGGGUGUCGACUCUACGAUGGCCAAGUGUUACGGAUUGGCGACUGUUGUUUCCGAGUGGACGUGCACUACGUCUGUCAGCCGGGCAACGAGGAACGUCGCGAUGCGCGGAUGGAGCGACAAAAACACGAGUAUAGAAAAAUCGCCUUGUUCCGGAGACGUCAGGCCGAACUGAAAAAUGCCGAUGCCGAUACUGUUGGACGGAGCAUGAAUGGUGUAGAAGAUGCUGGUCUAGAUCAAUCUUCAAGUGCGAGUUUUAAGCGCCGAUCGCUAGGAAUUGGAGGUUCGUUUGUUGAUGGUGGUUCUUCCUCUUCUACUGGGCCACGCCUGUCCUCGUCUACUGCCAAUGAUCUAGAUCUCGAAGGUGGAGGGAGAACGAAACGAUCAGAGUCCGCCUUGUCUCUCGACCGAGCUGCGAAACGGCGGAAGCAGCAGGCGAAAACCGCAGAUACUUUGGAGGACGUCCAGCGGAAAAAGCUUCUGGCGAAUUUGCAGACGCAAGACCGUAUCGCCACCGAGAAGGAAAAUGCCACUGAAUUUCUCACUGCGGAUGCGCAAAAAGAAGCUGGCAUUGGUCAGGAUGGACAGUUCUUUGGGUUCCGGAGUGACACGGGCAGGUCAGGCAUCGGCUUCGGCAGUGGAGAUUUGCUGCCAGGACCAGUAACCGGCGACCACUCGGCCAAGGACAUGCGCAAGUUCAAAGACGAACAGCGAAUGAAACAGCUCAUAGCAGCGGACAAAUCAACCACGAAAGAGAGGGGAAAAGGUACAGCUGAGGGAAAGAAUGGACGACGGAAUGAAGAAGCAGACGGCAGUAGUAGUUUCGCAGACGCACCAGAGACUCUGGAAGGAAGAAAUGAAGGCCUAGGUCUUGGUGCUUCCUCCUCCGGUCUUGGACUUGGUACACCAUCAAACUCUAGUUUAGGAGCUCCCUCUGGCCUUGCUUCGAUGUUUAAAAAGGCUUCCUUCGCUAAGCCAGCGUCGGGUAGUCCUAGCGCAUCUUCCGAAGUAGGACAAGCGGAGCACAUAAAAAUGAGCAACAGGAGCAAUGAGCAAAGAAAAAAUCCUACAUCUUCAAGCAGCGCGCUGUACUUCGUGAAGGAGGAUCAUGAAAAAGGCGAAGCAGAAGAAGACAACCAGGACGAUGAUGGUUUCGCUUAUGCAGGACUACUAGGAUCAACGGGCGGGCUUGGGUUUGGUGGUGCAGGACUUGGUGCUUGAUCUUCAAUUAUAACCACCUAUAAGAACCAAGCUCAUGUUUUAUUAUAAAGCUUCGCUUCUACCUAACAGUAACACAAGGCAACAGAUUUGUUUAGCACAGAUUUCUCCAACUCCGACCACAUUUAUUUGUUUUCCCCGUCGUCGGCCCCUUUUUUCCCUCAGAUGUACAUCUGCGGCGACAUCCCCUCCUCCUUUAUUGUAAAAAUCGAUGCUGAUCGUGAUCAUUUAUGAAGCGAGACGACGCAUUGCACUACGACUCAGUCUCUUCGAUCGAUCCACUUGUAAAGUCGGGGCCAUUGCGCUCAGCUGCC